AUGGCACCUAGUUCUAAGGGGCUCGAUUUCCUGAUCAACCACGUUGUUCUGCCACCCAAGCUGCCUCAAGAGGAGGAUGAUGAAGAUGAUAGACAAGAGGGAGAGUUUCUAUUACUCCAGAUGGUCCGCAAAUCGGCCGAGACCCUCGUGCAUCAUCUUGAAGAAGACACCAAAGAAGUAUGGGACCCGGUGUUACGCUUAUUGCGGAACAUGGAGAAUCUGUCUCAGAAUAACGCCGGAUGGGAAGACAGAUUAACGCAGGUGCUACUGAACUUGCAAAUCUCUGAUGCUGUUUCUUUCCAUGUUAAGGCACAGAAUGCUGGGCUUCUUAUCUUUCGACCCGAUGAGGACCACGUUUUUGUCCAUGCAUUCGAAGCGUCUGCUCGAUGCGAGUCUGUUAUGAAGACCAAUGAGCGGUUGAUUUGGGAUUUCCCAGGAAGAAGCGUUGCUGUCGAUAGCAAUUUGCUCCAAAAUGGACGAUUCGUACAAGACCUCGUAACUAUGGCAUGGAAAAUGUGCCGCGAGGGCGUGAACCUUAGCAUGCCUACCUCAAGGAAAGCCGGCCAGUACCAUAAGGAAGAGCGGGACACCGUACACCCGGGACUUGUGACUGAAGGACUAAUGUCCAUGCUCGAGUCUUUGGGUGCUCCUUGCAAGAGUCCGAGUAUUCGCAAGUUUAUCCGCGACGAUGUCAACUGGAACAAUUGUAGGCUCCCGUGGAGGCGAUCGCCAUUAUGGCUGGUUAUUCGCGUCUCGAUUCAACUGCUGCUUAAGCAUCAACUCCCCGGAGAUACAAGUCGACUUCAAUACAAAAAUCUCAUGGCUCUAUUCAUGGCAAACGUCUGCCAGUUGGCUCUACAGCGUCAGGUUGCCACAGACAUCCAGAUGAUUGUGACUACUAAAACGGCCUGUCGCCUUUCAAAGCUCGGGAAGGAAGCUAUAAACCACGUCCAGGUGGCAGUACAAACUGCAGUACAAAAUGCCCGGAAUUACCUUGACAUUUGGUGGGAAGAACGGCGGAGGUUGGAUACAACUACCAUUCCAAAAUUGAGCAACAACGCUGCAAAAUCAGACUGCAACCUCACACUAGCCGCUAGUGGCGAAUAUCUUCGAAAAGCGUUGACAGAGACCGAGGAACACUCAACAACACGGCAAAACACCCUUUCAAAUAGGGAUAACCUGGACUUCACUGAGAAUGGACUACCCAAUUUGGAAUUAUUCAUGGGCGAUUUUCAACAAAUCUACAGUUUGACAGAAUUCGAACAAUGGAUCUUGGAAAAACUCCGGGCUUGGUUGGAAAAGAGCAAGAGAAACGAAAAAGAUUGUGUUUCUUUACGAGAAGUCUCUCAUACCUACAUGGAUAUCGCUUUGGGCCAAUACAAAGGAAAUUCCCGGGCAUUGUCCAUCAUGCUUCUGGUAAUCUUGGAAAUCUGGACCGUCCUAGACCUCAUUUGUUUAGAGCUUUAUCCGCUGUUACGAGAUUACCCCCCUGACAUCCCGUCUCAGAUAGGAGAGCCACUUCUGCUUCCACAUCAUUGCCAACUUCAAAGUUUACAACGGAUUGAAAACCAUCUUCUGAAGCGCCACAAGGAAGCAAAUAUGGGACAUGCAAAGAUUUUGAAUAGCAUUGUCUCAGAUUCAUUCGCAGUUCGCUUCUUCAAUCAAUCUGAGAAGCACAAAUCAUUGAAAUACGACAUUGAACGCGAAGCGGCAACAACAAGGGAGCUAAAGGAACUAGAAUGGAGGAGGACGUCUGACGAAUAUGCUUCUCUUGAGAGAGAGGCAUCGUCUCUGAGUCACUUGAAGUCCACCGACAAUUAUUUUUACUGUGCUUCCAAUUGUCGCAAAUGCUAUUGCGAAGGCCACGCAAGGCGCCUCCACAUCUACGUCGAUGAAUGGCCGCUACCAACGAAUCUUACAGACCUAAAAGCCGCUAUUUUUGAGCUGGCUUGUCCACCCGGGUUUUCAGCAUGGCGUGACCUCACCUGGAUGAUCGUACAAGAUUUGGGACGCCUUAGAUGUGAACAGAUAAGCGAGGAGAAUGUCCAACAUUGCCAGAAGCUUCUAAAUUACAACCGCCUAUCUCGGUACGCAGUGAGCUGUGACCAAAGAGUCUCCUUUGGGUCAACAGUAAAGUCCUUCCUCAGGUCGCAUUAUAACAUGAAGCAUUUCCCAGUGGAACUAAGGGAGGUAUGCGUCAACAACGCCUUUCAGUGGCACCUUCUCGAUAAUGAAAAACUAUGCUGGACCAGGAAUCAACAUGACCUACCAUCUUUUUCCCGUCAUUGUUUUUCGCCGUUGCCAGUGGGACCCUACUCAAGCCUGCAGGAUUUCGUUGAUGAGAGCUCAUUCGACCAUAACGACAUAAUGGCGAGACAAGACCAGUGCGAUUCAAAGCUAAGUUCUCAUGAGUUCGUGGCUUUUGGAUCCGUACGAGCAGGAGAGCGAAUACAAUGGCUGAACAUACUUCGGGAGCUUGGGUCUGCUGACCUUACAAUCAACACGGAAGAAGUUUAUAUACUCUUCCGACAAGCAGCUUUACAAGCCAAUACACGGUUAGGGGAUGAUGUGCUUAGAGAAGCACAUGCACCUUUGAACCACCCGAAGUUCAACCAAGUCCUCUUGGACCUCCUGGAGAAACAGCUUGGCAGCAUCAAAAGCAAUUGGAAUGAACAGGCGCGGCUUGCUACCAUAACUAUGUUGGGGCUUAGAAUUCUUUCGCUUGCACCGGAUAGCGAAAUCACAAUUCGUGUUGUACAGUUGCUAAGGCAAGUACGGCAUACAUCUCUAAUAUGGUGUUCGAAAAUUUCGAGCAGACUCCCGGAAUGUUCCUCGGAUCAAGAGAGCCAAAGACUAAGGCAAACGAUUCUCAUCUCUGCCUUAGCUUGCCGCAUGACGUUCAAUUGCGAGGCAUCUCAGGUUCACCUGGUUCUUGAACAUGACGAUGAUGUUGCAGAUUUCGUUCAGUCAUCGAUUCACCUCUUCGACAACACCCCAAUUAUACUUAGCGACCUUCCGUUAGACACACAACAUUCAUUGGUGGUUGGAAGUAAGAUUGCCUGCAUCAUCGAAGAACACCUGCAAUUUCUUGCUGCACGCUCCAGCACUGGCAUCAAUGAAGGCGUCCAACGAGCAUGCGACCUGGCUGGUUUUGUGAGGAACUGGCAGGUUAUGGAGGACCACAAAGGAUGGAUUGCCUGCGAAGUAAAGACUGGGGAACGAACUCCACCUCAGGUUGUCAACUACGAUCUGUUGACAGGAGAGGUUCUUCUCGAUGGUUCCCGCAUUGGACGACUGCCAUCAGAAUUCACGAAUGCGCCUGUUUAUAGUAGAGUUUUUGGCUCUCGCAUCCUCAAUGUGACGAGAUCAUGUUUUCCUUGCAUGCAAUAUAAAACGCUAAGCAAGAUCGGGAACUAUGAGAUACAUCUUGGUAUGAGAGGGAAUGAACUUCUGCUUCAAGCAAUCACUGGCACUCAACGGCUCCGCCAUGUACCUCAUGAUGUCUUGGAUAGAGAUUUGCCGAAAAGCUUAACUGAAGACUAUAUCCACUGGAUGGAUCUGGACACCGGAACUAUUCUCUUUUGCCCUCUGCACAGCCCAUGGGAAGCCACUCCUGGUUUAACCCUCCGUUUUGUUUCAGACGGAGCGUCAUGCAUGCACAUUGGACGCAAGCAGCUUAUCGACCAACGAAGCCAAAUAGGGAAUUCAAUUAUCAAAGUGCUGGAGGCACUGGAACCUCCAUCACGUAUCGUGGUCACAGUCGAACAGAACAAGGUAGAAGCUGAAAUUCCACGUUUUCGCCUGAAAUUCUUCAUCAACCCAGAUGGUUGCUUGGAGUCAAAAGAGCUUGGUGCAGUUGUUGACCGAAGUCAGGACAUCGGUUGUCUGUUCAAAUUACGAAGCAAGCUAGUUCUCCAAAGCACUUGCCAGCAUGGGAGUUUACCGGACAAGAGUGUCAUCAUUCCGUACGGCCGAGUACAUAUGGAAGGGUGCAGCGACACAAGCUACGUCGAGAUUCAUACGAAUGAAGAAAAAAAGCUCCGACUCAUGCAUUACCGCCUAGACGAGACCCUAUCGCGGUUAAGGACACGUACAGGAAGGGACGAAAAGCUUUACCUGGCGUAUCUUCAUGCUGUGACUAGCACCGUCUUGCCCGAUCAAUUGACGAAACAAACAGGGACAGAAGAAGCUCUCAGGAUUCUCUCAGAGCAGUCUUUACGGGUUUCAUCACCAGUAACUGGAGAGACCUUAUAUCUUCUGAAUCGCAUCGCUGCAUUGACUCCCGCUCGCGAAUACUAUCCGGAGCACCUGGAGAGCAUGCAAACUGUCAAAUGGAACUCUCAUCUUUCCCAACUGGCCCAGCAUGAGAGGUUUAAUACCUUGGCAAAAGACAUUAUGCAACACGCCUCACAAUUUGCUGCAUUCUACGGGGCACCUAAUACGUCUCGAGACUUCAAGAGCCGUGGCAAUGAACAUCUUUUAGCAAAAGCUACGAAUCGCAAUGCCAGCGUCCGAGGCCCCGUUACAUAUACAAGGCAAAAGCGCGAUAUGAUAUACAAUGCCAGAGAUGCUGAUGCCGGAAGCACACGGGCUCGUAUAGUGUACGAAACGGCUUCCUUAACCAGAAUAUGGCCCAAUCGCAUUGACGUUGUACCGGAUCUCGUGGAAAAAGUACGGAAAUGGAAAAAAGUCCAAGAUUAUGGCCACAAGUGUGACCCGUGGGGAACACCAUGCAAUGAUUUGUUGCAGCUCCAUCUCGGCCAAAACUGGGGAUCUUUGCAUCAACUCUGUCAUGAUUGCAACUACGAAAAAGACUUAUACAAGUUGAUGUUUCUGUUUUGCAUGAUAGUGUACGCACAGCCGGAUUCUGUUCAACUUGUUCACACGCUCUUGGGAAUGGCUUCAUCUCAAUGUUUGAAGAACGACUUUCCUGAUGAGAGCUCGUACGACCUUAGUGCUGGGGAGGGCCCCAGUCGCUCUACAAUCUGGGACGCGAUCGAUAGCUGUUGCCAGGACUGCCCACGAAGGUCGAAUGAAGAUUACGAUGAUUGGAUGAAAAGGCUCAGUUCUCAUCGGACCGAAAAAUGCAAACAGAUCAAAAAAGUCCUGGACCAUGUACUAUCACAGUGGCCCUGUGAUAGCCCCAGCAUUUAUUCCCUUUCAGGAAUAGACAUUGUCGACACAUACCGAGCGACUACUGCAUGUGCAGAACUAUAUACUGUCUGGAACAAGAACCGGAAGUUUAUUCUGUACGUCGAGAAGGUACAGUCAUUUCUAGAAAAGGUUCGGUUAGACCACAUUGAUACACCGCAGCGGACCUCCCUCAACCAUACCGUACUGGAUUGCGGCCAACGAAUUGUAAAGAUUGCGCCAAGCUUAAACGACCUUCUCCGAGAGAGGAACCCUCCAAAACUCCCCAAUCUGCCUGUUCCUUUGCAGGUAACAAGGGCUUGUAGGUCUGGUAAGACUUUACAGACUGGGAACGAGCUCCGAAAAAUGCUGGAUGACAUGCGUUCUUGCAAUGACGCCACACGCCAGAACUAUGCUCAUGAUUUAUCUUUGAGCCUUGAUAUUUUCGACAAAACGGAUAUCGCCGAAAUGCCUGAAAGCUUUACAGUAACUUCCCAGCAGCUCCUUGAUUGUAAGGCGAGUAUCUUGUCCUAUACACAGGCAGCAUUGUCAGCUGUUACAAAAGCGCUCGUGCCUGAAACAGCCGUGGAAGGAGUACUUGCACAUGCCGGAUUAUGGCCACGGACCAACUGGAAGCAUACUUUGCUUUUGUUGGGACAAGCUAUUUCUAUGCUUCAAAGAUCAAUGCGGCUUCUCCGAUUCUAUUAUAGCGACGACGUUGUUGCAUUUUCAAAAGAUGCAGAAGACCCAGGCCACUUGUCGUGGAGUCCACAGGAAUUUCCAGACUGGCUACUUCUGGAGUUGGAAAACAAUUUAACCAUCAGGGACACGCAAGUUAUCGUUGCGCGCCAGAUGAUACGGCCAGACAGCGCGAGCAACUCGGUGCUGCAACUAAACAUGGGUGAGGGAAAAUCCUCAGUGAUAGUACCCAUGGUGGUCACUGCCCUUGCAGACCAAGUCCAAUUGGCUCGCCUCAUAGUUCUCAAACCCCUUCUGAGACAGACCGAAAACUUACUAUCACAGCGACUAGGUGGUCUUCUUGAUCGGCGAAUCUAUCACAUUCCCUUUUCCAGGGAGACGCGAGUUGAUAAAAGCCAAAUCACAGUGCUCCAAAGGAUUUAUGAGCAAUGCAUCCAAGAAAGAGGCAUCCUAAUAGCCUUACCGGAGCAUAUGAUGUCUUUUCGUCUGAUGGGCCGCGAAAGGCUUCUUACGCAGCCAGAUCUGGGAAUACCUACGAUUCAACUCGACACAUGGUUGGAGAAACACUCUAGGGAUGUUCUGGACGAAAGUGAUGAGAUUUUAGACCCCCGGUUUCAACUCGUAUAUUCAAUCGGAACCCAAGCUCUGAUGGACGGUCAGCCUGAUAGAUGGACCCUUGUUCAAAAAGUACUCUCACUAUUCUCUCUUCAAGCACAGCUUCAUCACUCCAAAGGAGGUGAUGACCUUGAAAUAGAAUUCAGAGGCCGCUCAUUUCCAUCGAUUGCUUUCUUGGAUCCCAGCAUCGGAAACACCUUGAUAGACAUGCUAGUCCAGGAAAUUGGCCGUGGGAACUUAUUAGGCGUUUCUCUAAGUCACUGUAGUAGGGAAGGCCGCCGAAACAUUCUGGAAUUCAUUAAAAGCCGUUCGAUACCACCAGAAAUCUUCGCUGGAGUAGACAAGGAAUUCCGGGACACAGAACUCUGGUCAAAGCUUCAUCUCCUGAGAGGGCUCAUAGCUCAUGAAACAUUGCUUUUUGCAUUCCAGCGGAAACGGUGGCUGGUAAAUUAUGGGUUGGACCCUUCCAGAUGCAUGAUGGCGGUUCCAUAUCGAGCCAAGGGCGUCCCUUCUCUCAGUGCUGAAUUUGGCCACCCCGAUGUCGCUAUUGUGCUUACAUGUUUGAGUUACUACUACGGCGGUCUCACGCCACAGCAACUGGAUUGUGUUUUCUCACUUCUUAUGAAGGAGUCAGAUCCGUCCACUGAAUACGCGAAGUGGGUCCAGGAUUGCCCUGAGCUUCACAUCCGCAGCAUCAAUGGCGUCAACCUUGAGGACAGCGAUACAAGGAAACACAUUUUCUUUCACAUGAAGUAUUCCAAGUCGGCAAUAGAUUUUUACUUAUCUACAGUGGUUUUUCCACGAGAAGGUACGGAGUUUCCCCGGAAGUUGUCCAGUUCAGCCUGGGAUCUCCCAAGCCAGGGCUUUGGCAACAUAACAACCGGAUUCAGUGGGACGAAUGAUAACAAGUUCCUCUUCCCGAUGUCAAUACGCCAACACGACCUUGAGGCCCUGAGCCACACCAAUGCCAUGGUAGCCAACCUUCUUUUGCAGCACGAAAAUCGCCGCUACAUAGAAGCGGUAGACAGCGAAGGCAAGAAGCUGGAGGUGAAAGGCCUUCUUGAACUUAUUAGCAGACAAAAAAGUUCUGUUCAAGUCCUCAUCGACGUAGGAGCGCAAGUUCUUGAUUCACUGAAUAGUGAGGUAGCAGUGGAAUGGUUAAGUCGCUCCCCACAAGCUCGGGCGGCGGUGUAUUUCGACAAUGCGGAUGAGCUUAUGGUUGUGGACCGAGAAGGAUAUACGGAGCGGCUUUCAUCAUCUCCGUUCCAUCAGCACCUCGACUCUUGUCUGAUUUAUCUUGACGAAGUCCAUACUCGAGGUAUAGAUCUAAGUAUGCCUACCUCUGCCCGCGCUGCGGUCACACUCGGACCAGGAACGACAAAGGAUCGAUUGGCUCAAGCAUGUAUGCGAAUGAGAAAGUUAGGUUGUCAUCAAUCACUGCUGUUCUUAGCGCCACCCGAAGUGCAUCAAGAUAUACUUCGAGUAACCGGGAAAACCCAGCACGAUACCUUGACCUCAGUAGACGUGGUACAGUGGUCUUUUGUACAGACAUGCCAUGCUACAGAUGGGCUGAAGCCGCUUUGGAUCAUGCAAGGCCUUGAGCACGCUCGUCGCAAACGGCUUUGCUCACAGUAUCUUGCUGACCAACAUGAAAACCUUGGUGACUACAGCCAAAGAUCAGCGUUCUGCUCGAACUUAGAGGAGUCGGAGGCGAAGCUCCUUGUGGAUAUGUAUGGGGUAGAAGCCCAAGAGUCCGUCUUUCGGCCAUGCCUUACCGACGACAAAGCAAGACAAGACCAGACAGUUCAGAGCCUACUAUCCGAGUGGGAAAUUUUCAAAGAAUCAAAGCAUGAAGAUUGGGCGCUACGGGAAGAACAGGAAAGGGAAAUAGCUCACGAAGUGGAGCAAGAGCGAGAGAACCAGAAGCCACCUCCUUCCAAGGCUUUGCGCCACGAGCUACAUCCCGAAGUACAUUAUUUUGUACGAAACGGACUUCCUGCUGUGUCCAUCUCGCAGGACUUACUCGUUACUACGGACUUUGCCCGAACGGUAGAAAACCUCGUCCAAGCAAAAUGGGACGACUUCACGCGGCCCGUGAGAUGGGUUCUUUCGAGCACUUCGACUGGAUGUCUACUGAUAAUUAGCCCAUUUGAAGCUAAUCGCCUACUUCCAGAGCUUUGGUCAUCAACACAUGUCUCUCUGCACAUGUACUCCCCAAAGAUCUCGAAAUCCAUGGAGAAAUUCAGCGACCUCGACUUUUUUAAUGUCACUGGAAUCAAGAAGCCAUGGAUCUCCAGUUCUCUGCUCAAUUUCUAUGACCCCGCAAGAACCAACAAGCCAUGGUCUCCUAGUCCGCUCCUGACCACUCAGUUGGAGCUUUUCUCUGGUUGUCUCUUCUUCGAGACUUACUCGUCAUAUAAAAAAGCAUGUCAUUUCUUGGGAAUUUUGACAGCAGAUCAAGAUGGGUCAGAUGUUUACAUCCAUGGUGAUGGGUUUGCGAAUGUAUCCGCCAGGGAAAAACUUAAUUGGCCACUUUGUUCGCCAUUCGAGAAAACUCCUCUCCCGUUCUUCAAAGCUUUGGUUGGAAUCCGGCGGAAAGGUUAUUUAUAUAGUGGGACGCAUUUUGGUCAUUUAGUGAGCGGCCAUUUAUUGACAGAGGAAAGCUUUUACUAG